GUGUGUCUGGAACGACGUGCCUUCCGUGAGCCUAAGAGGGCUCUGCAUUCUCUUCCAAUGGGCUGGUUACAACACAGAGGAUGUGGACAGUGGAGUUUUUCCUGUUUGAUGUCACAGGGCCACCCUUUAAAAGUCUGAGGGAAAAAAGGAGGGAAUCUAGCCUGGGACUUUCACGCAAGAUACCCACAAAGAAGAGGAGAAAAAGGCCUGUGAGGCACAGCCGGGGAAUCAAGGAGGCAGUGUCAGGUUUCAAACUCCAGCCAGCCAUUCAGAGAGCUGUGAUGUCUGGCACCCGCCUUGGAUUCCUGGUCUCUGUCCUGUGCUGGGUAGUCAGAGCCUAUUCCAACACCUCCCCGCUGCUCGGCUCCAGCUGGGGUAGCCUAACCCACCUGUAUACGGCCACAGCCAGGAACAGCUACCACCUGCAGAUCCACAAGGACGGCCAUGUGGAUGGCACACCUCAUCAGACCAUCUACAGUGCCUUGAUGAUCCGGUCAGAGGAUGCCGGCUUUGUGGUGAUAACAGGUGUGAUGAGUAGGAGGUACCUCUGUAUGGACUUCAGAGGCAACAUCUUUGGAUCACACCUCUUCAGCCCGGAGAGCUGCCGGUUCCGACAGCGGACGCUGGAGAACGGCUACGACGUGUACCACUCCCCGCAGCACCGCUUCCUCGUCAGCCUGGGCCAGGCCAAGAGGGCCUUCCUGCCCGGCACCAACCCGCCGCCCUACUCGCAGUUCCUGUCCCGGAGGAACGAGAUCCCCCUCGUGCACUUCCACACGCCCAGGCCGCGGCGGCACACGCGCAGCGCCGAGGCCCCGGAGCGCGACCCGCUGAACGUGCUGAAGCCCAGGCCGCGCUUGGCCCCCGCCCCGGCCUCCUGCUCGCAGGAGCUCCCGAGCGCCGAGGACCCCGGCGCGCCGGCCAGCGACCCGCUCGGGGUGCUCAGGGGCCACAGGGCCAACGCGCGCGCCGGCGGGGUGGGCGUGGACAGGUGCCGCGCCUUCCCCACGCCCAUCUAGGGAAAGCCCAAGGGGAUCCUGUCUGAGCACCUCUCGGAAAAGGGCCUGCCUUCCCGGGCCCUGCGCCCUCUGCAGUCCCGGGAAGGGAAGGCGGGCGCUUGGGCAAGGGGCGGCUUCUCUCCCCAUCGCCCGCCAGGAGGUCCCCUGAGAAUGUACCUUCGAGGCUCCAGCAGUGGCCAUUUCGGAGCUUUCCCCACCCCACCUGUGCCACUCUUCCGAAUCGCGAGGCCCAGAACGACACACUAGCAGUUUCGCCCUCGUUGGAGACGGGGACUCCCACUGCCACCGCCACCUUCCCCCUAACCCCGGGGAAGUGCCUCUUCCUUCCCUAGGCCUCUCCUCAUCAGCCCUAGUAUUAAAAACCAAGCAACGGCUUAGCGAGUCCACCAUUUCCAAGGUGAAAGGAAGAGCAAAUACCAGUAGCUUCUCCACUGCCCCUCACAUCUGUGUUACCUGCCUGGACCCUGUUGGCAUUCGAGUUUGCAAACCUCGACUUAGGGCAUUAAUAGCUGAAUUGGGCAAACUGAUAAAAACCCCAAUCUCAAGGCUUUGCUCUUCCCUGAGCAUCUGGAGCAGAGCUGUCCAAAAGAUUGGUAGUAAGCUGGUCAAAAUGAACUAGAAUGCUCCGACAAGGGAGGCAAGAAGUCAAGCUAGAAAAUUCAACCUCCGGACAGGGUGGGCACUGCUUGCCAUGCUCUCUCCUCUUCUAUGCAGCCAGAGCAGCAGGAGGGCUGAGAAUGACCCUGCCUGUUUCCAAGCAGUCCAGGAUAUAACCCUGUCUAUGGGCCCCCGACUUUGGCUUUAGUGAAUUUGGCCUGAGGAAGAGCUUUGGCAGAGGCUCAUGAAACACCCCCCCCCCCACCAGGAAAUGUAAAUAAAUAUUUAAAAUGGAAAUAAAUUCAAACUCCCCUUGGAGGCAUUUGAUGAAGCCUACUUCCAGCCUAAGUAGUACUGUAUUUGGGAUGAAUUCCAAAAUUGUUACAGGAAGGGAGUCUUGAACCAACCGGGCUGCUCUGGGUUCCGUUUUCCGUGGACUGGCAGAUUGUGUCCUUCAAUCUAAGUGAGGUGGCAUCACGGACUCAGGGGGAAAGCAGCCCAAUCCCCAGGGGGCCAAAGUGUAAGAGUUACACGAAGACAGCACUGCCAGCUGUUCACCAUGUUCUCCUCCCUGCUCUGCAGCACUGGCUACAGAGGUGGCUAAACACGCCUGGGCUGACAUGUUUGGGUCUCUGUCCACUUGCAAAUUCUGGGGGCCUUACACGAAGACAGCUUUCAGUCCCAGGAAAACCAAACCUCACUUACCAACAUGACAGGUGGGCCUGAUGCUCAGCCUCCCCCUCCCUAGCCUUCCCACCUGACUUGGAGUCUUUCUAUAAGGGAGUCCCCUGUUCCUACCUCUAUUGAGAUGGCCACCUACAGAGCAAAAUGCUAAUGAGCAAAGUAGAUUUAAAUAACAGCUUCUUCAAAGUCCACUUGUUUUUUUCCCACUGCUGUCAGGCACCCAGCCUUAGAAACGGGUCCAUGUUUACUUACGGAACAUUGGACAGCUGUCUUCACCUGAUGGUUUUAAGCUGAACUUGCAGGACUGGUUCCUAUUUGGGAACACUAAAACUAUGUAUACUACUAUAUAGCAGUGCAUGGCAAGUAUUUUCUCGGUAGUUUUCACUUCCCGUUGAAGAUAUUAUACUGUUUAAAAGCUACUGGAAGCUCCCCCAUACUGAUAACUAGAUGUAACAUCCCAAAAGGACUUUGGUAGAAAACUGGUUGUAAUCUUACAAACCCAAUGCCAUUUGUUAGGGGUUCUUCCUUUGGCAGAGCCAAGGUAGUUCCCACAAUUUCCUACGGUCCUUAGCAUGUGGCAAUAUUUAUUUAUUUAUUUGGAAAAUCUGCCUAUCGCUCAAUAUUUAUAGAUAUUUAUAAAAGUGUAACCCCAUGUGUUUUCUUUCUUCUGUUUAAAAGAAAAAUAAAGUUAUCUCAGCUUCU